GGAGCUCCAGCCAAAAGGGGAAGUUCUGUUUUAAGGACUGCUCCCCCGCUCCCCAUUAAGGAUUGGCACCUUUGGGGGGCAGGGGGAGGGAGCGGUUACUCGAAUUUGACAGGUACCCGCUCCCACUUCCGGUCCGAUCGCCUAGGCGAUCGGAAGCAGAAGUUGUCCUCCCUCUCUCCCUCCCUGUAGUCUUCUGGGACACGUGACAGGUCCCAGAAGACUAUGGGGCCAUUCACAAAGUGCAGCAAUUCUCACGCAUGCGCAGUGGGCACCCGGCUUUGAAGCCGCAAACUGUCACAGCCAGGUGCCCACACUAAAGAUGC